GUGUGGAAAACAUGGGUGGCUCGCGUUCAACUCGCGCUGGGUUUUUUCUGGAGUCAUGUGACUUGCUCUUUUUUUAUAGUUGUAGCCCCAGCGGCGCAGUCAGGUGAUGGUGUUGGUAUGGAGUGGUUUAGGGUAGUCAGGAAAUGGACUGACUGUGGAGGUUUCCUGAAGGACUUUGUUAGACUGAGAAGGUGAUAAAACCGAAGAGUUGGAAUGACCUCGUAAGUUAGGACUGAUCAGCCUUGAAGGGAUAACUGAAAGGGCUGUAACAUCGAUAGGAUGGGAGAGAUCAACUCUUCAGUCUUCCAGAACAAGAAUUGUGGGAGCAUCAAAUGAAGUUCUUAGCUUCAGGACAAGCGCAAGGUGCUUCUCCAUGUGGUGGAUGUUUGUUCUGUAGACUUCUGUCAGAAGAGGUUGUGGAUGUCAGAAGCUUGGAAUUAAAAAAAUAUGGCAGACUGUUUCUGUGGAUUACUGAAUGCAUAGAAAACUUUUCUGCACUGAAAAGAGGUUAUGAGAAUGUUAGAGGGAAAUAUUAAUGCGCUUGCCUUGUUCUUAAUCUCUGGGGAGCUGUUUAUGGUUACGUUUUUUAAAUUAAGCCAGGUCAAAGUGUGAAUGUAGUCCCUGACUACUGCAUGUGAUGCAGUUUCCCACAUCAUUGGUCAGCAUAGCAACUGCAAGGGAUGAGUGUCAUCCCAGGAAAACCACAUUCCUGUUUAUGGUGUGGUGUUCAGCUUCCUGGAAGUCGGUCUAAGCCAGUACAAACGUUCUCAUGAAAGUAAAGGGCUUGACUUUCACUCAAAAUAUUUUGAAGGACAGAAUCAGUGUAAGUGAUGGAGGGAAAGCAACAUUUAGUGUUUUGAUUAUUUUAGGAUUCCUUUGGUUCUGACUUGCAGUUUGAGUACAGCACUUAGCAGUACUGGGUGUAAUGUAUGUUUGAACCUUCUCUGCUAGGAAACCUCUGCUUGGAAAUGUCUAAGGGCCCAGAGUUGUAAUGAGUAGGAGAGUAGUUUGUUGCCUGGCUCUAGGACUUUGAAGUUGUAAUUUGAAGGCUCAGAUUUCAUUCUGUUCUUCAGUGUUCCAGAUACUUUGCCAAACUUAACUUAGUGAAGAGGUUAUACAGAGCAAAAUAGAGCCUAUUAGAUAUUAGACAUUCUAAUAAUUCAUGCUUCUCUAAAUAGUCACAUACUACUUUAAAAUGCUUUGUAGAUUUGCAGGAAAGCAGUUGGAAGAGACCUCUGAAAGCAGGGCUACUGCUAGUGUUAGGUCAGGCUGUCUGUGGCUUUGUCUAGCCAAGUCUUGGGGAAAACCUCCAAGGAUGGAGAUCUCUUCCCAUGUAUCUGGUGACUUGUUCCAGGGCUGCCCCACUGUGCUGGGGAAGCUUUUCCUAAUGUCCAACCUGAAGCUCCCAAGCCUUUCUUUGUGGUUGUCUCCCUCUUAUCUGAUUUGCUCCUGCUGACAAGUGUUGUGUCUUUUGUAACUGCCCCUUCAGUAGUUGUAGACUGUUAUUAGAUGGCCCCUUACACUCCUCUUUGCCAGACUAAGCAAGCCCAGCUCCCACCAGUUGUCCCUGUGGGAAUGCUCUGGGUCCUUUACGCUCUCCGGGCAGCCUAUUUCAGGCACAGAGUAGAGGUACUGUGCAGAGUAGAGGGUAACUUCCCUUGAUAUGCUGGCCAUUUAUUUCCUUGCAUAGCCCAAUAGAUUGUCAGCCUUGUUCACACUCAGUAUGUGCUCUUUGUUCAUUCGAGCUGGCUUUUGCUUUAACCCUCAGUUUUUUUUUAGCAGAGCUGCUUCACUGUUAAUGGCUUCUUAGUUUGUACUGAUGCAUGGAGUUAUUUUGUCCCAAGAGUGGAACUUUGCAUGUUGUCAAAUUAAAUAUUUAUGUUUUUAACAUGGCAUCUGUAGGACGUGGGCUCUGUGGUCUUUCACCUGCUAUGUUGAGCAAAUUGUACUUUCCAGGACUUGACUUUUUUCUUUGGAACAUGAAUGAUUGCUGUUAUUUUGGGUAGUUUCAGAAAGAGACCCUAGCUAAUUGGAUGCUGGAAAGUUGCAUGUUUUCUGACAAAUUCCAUGCUUCCACCUUACUGGGAAUGUUAGUCCAUGCUUCCUUCCCCUGCUCUUCCCCUGCUGCUGAGGAGCUUCACAAAUGAAGCUCAUCUCACUGCAGGGCAGGUUCCAGUCUGAAGUGGUGAGGUUAAUAUCUAUACUAAUUUUCUCUUCCCUAGAGAAAGAAGAGUUGCAGGCUGACCCGCUGCUCUCCUGAAAAUGAUUGUGGCCUGAUUCAUUGCCGUGGCCUAGUGUCUCUGGAGCAGUACAGCCUUAUUGGGCUGUAUACUGAAGCUUUUCCUGUUGCUCUUUUUACAGUGUCUAGGUUGGCUAUUCAGUACUAUUCCAGUAUGCUGCCAAGCCCAGGCCUUUUGAACCAGAGUGGGAAGAAGUAAUGGUCUUGGAGAGGAGUAGGGUGGAAUCUCUUUGAGAUGAGGGAGAGAAGACUUUGGUAAGGCUGGUUGCAGAGAGGAUGUGGAUUGUUGUUCUGGAAACUCUUGAUAGUUGAAAAUAUUGCAAAGAUGGAUGGGGAGCUGAGAAACAACUGGUCUCGGCUGUACAGUACUGUGGUUGAGAAUAGGUAGUAUUUUUUAGCAAAUAUUGAUCUGAAUUUCUUGAAGUUCCCAGAGAAAUGGAAAUGAUUAUGCGUGCCUGUUCUCCUGCAUUGACUAUUGAUGUGGACUAGGCUGUUUCAGGCUGCCCUGAAUCUGGAAUUUUAGGGGGGCAAAUUCAUUGUACUACCCAAAUGUUAGGGUCUGAAUGUAGUUACAUUGGUGACUGUUAUUCAAAGCUAGUGUAUACUCACAUUCUUCUAGAGUGGUUAACUGCCACUCAGAAUGAGAAACAAGUUAGAUGUAAAAUUCUGCAGAGAGACCUGGAGUUUGGAGAUGGUUAGUACAGCUGUGGUUUGGCUUUUUAGCUUCCUUAUUCAAAACCCUAUGUUGAAAUAUCAUAAGAUUAUGCUCUGGACAUUCAAGGAGACUCAGGAAUCCAUAAAUUGGUAUGAAUUGAUUCUUCUGCUGAUGUGAACUAUUUUUCUACACAGCUUAGUUGGCUGUUUAGUGAGGUGGUUUUGUUCAAUGUUAAGGCGUUUAGUACUUGGCAUACAGCAAUGUGUGUGUUAGGCCUAACGUUCCAUAUUUGUGAAGUGGUAGUAAGGGUCUAGUUGGGCAAAGACUCUUGGAGAAUGCCCAAGUUUCCUAAAAUGAUCAGGAAAGGGUUUUUUCUAUCUUUACACAUUAAAAACAAAAUGGUCCUGGUGUUGCAAAAGGUUUUGCUCCCUCUGGUGGCUCCUGGAGUUGGAAUGCUAGGGGUGUUUUCUGGACACUUAGGCCAGUGACAGGUGUUAGUCAACACUUUUUCUAAUUAUUCAGUGUUUGUGGAGAUAAGUCCACUGAAGGGUUUGGGAGAGCUGGUCAAACUCUUACACUCUGGAAGAAGAUACGAACAACAAGGAGAAAUGAGCUUAUAAGAAUGUUCAGAAAGGUCUUUCUAGGUGGAGCGUGAGUGCAUCUCAGUCCAUGUUGGUCAAGCUGGUGUGCAGAUUGGAAAUGCCUGCUGGGAGCUCUACUGCUUGGAGCAUGGCAUCCAGCCCAAUGGUACCAUGCCCAGUGAUAAAACCAUCGGUGGUGGUGACGACUCCUUCAACACCUUCUUCAGCGAGACUGGUGCAGGAAAACAUGUCCCUCGUGCUGUGUUUGUGGACCUUGAACCAGCAGUAAUAGAUGAAGUUAGGAAUGGGACAUACAAGCAACUCUUUCAUCCUGAACAACUGAUAUCUGGUAAAGAAGAUGCUGCAAACAACUAUGCUCGAGGUCACUACACAGUUGGAAAAGAGAUCAUUGAUUUGGUCCUAGAGCGUAUCAGGAAACUGUCUGAUCAGUGCACUGGCUUGCAGGGUUUCCUGAUUUUCCACAGUUUUGGGGGAGGCACUGGCUCAGGUUUUACUUCUCUGCUGAUGGAGCGCCUGUCAGUCGACUAUGGAAAAAAAUCAAAAUUGGAGUUUGCCAUCUACCCUGCACCACAGGUCUCGACAGCUGUUGUUGAGCCAUACAACUCCAUCCUGACUACCCACACCACUUUGGAGCAUUCCGACUGUGCCUUUAUGGUUGACAAUGAGGCCAUCUAUGACAUUUGCCGCAGGAAUCUGGACAUUGAACGCCCGACCUACACCAAUCUCAAUCGCCUCAUUGGUCAAAUAGUUUCUUCCAUUACUGCUUCCCUCAGAUUUGAUGGUGCCUUAAAUGUGGAUCUUACUGAAUUUCAAACUAACUUGGUGCCUUACCCUCGUAUCCACUUCCCAUUGGUAACAUACUCCCCAAUUAUUUCGGCAGAGAAAGCCUAUCAUGAGCAACUGUCUGUGUCUGAGAUAACCAAUGCUUGCUUUGAGCCAUCCAAUCAGAUGGUGAAGUGUGACCCUCGCCAUGGCAAGUACAUGGCCUGUUGUAUGCUGUAUCGUGGGGAUGUUGUCCCCAAGGAUGUCAAUGCUGCUAUUGCUGCUAUCAAAACCAAGCGCACAAUCCAGUUUGUGGACUGGUGCCCUACUGGUUUUAAGGUUGGCAUCAAUUACCAGCCACCAACAGUGGUUCCUGGUGGUGACCUAGCCAAAGUGCAGCGUGCGGUGUGCAUGCUGAGCAACACUACAGCCAUUGCUGAGGCGUGGGCUCGUCUGGACCACAAGUUUGAUCUGAUGUAUGCCAAACGUGCCUUUGUUCACUGGUAUGUUGGUGAAGGGAUGGAGGAGGGAGAAUUCUCAGAGGCUCGGGAAGACUUGGCUGCACUUGAGAAGGAUUAUGAAGAAGUGGGCACAGACUCAAUGGAUGGAGAAGAUGAAGGUGAAGAAUAUUAAAUACCAAAGUGAAUUGCAGGUCUUUGCCAUUUUACUGCCUUUUCAGCAACAGUGUAAAUCAUGUCAAAAGAUGGGAAUAAACUUCUUUGAGACAA